AUGUUCAUCCUUAACUGGUUCUGGGAUGUACUAUCCUCAUUGGGUCUUAUGAACAAGAGUGCGAAGCUCUUGUUCCUUGGUCUCGAUAAUGCGGGAAAGACAACUCUCUUACAUAUGCUCAAGAACGACCGACUGGCCACUCUUCAACCCACCCUUCAUCCAACUUCUGAAGAACUUGCUAUCGGAAACGUUAAAUUCACAACCUACGAUUUGGGUGGACAUAUGCAAGCUAGAAGAUUAUGGAGAGAUUAUUUCCCUGAAGUAGACGGAAUUGUGUUCUUAGUAGACAGUGCAGACACCGAGAGAUUUGCGGAGAGUAAGGCCGAGUUGGACUCUUUGUUAUCCAUCGAAUCACUUGCUCAAGUCCCUUUCCUCAUUUUGGGAAACAAGAUCGACGCUAUGGGUGCUGUAUCUGAGGAAGACUUGAGGAUGCAACUUGGUCUUUACCAAACUACCGGAAAGGGCAAAGUACCUCUUCGAGACAUCCGACCUAUCGAAGUAUUCAUGUGUUCCGUCGUUAUGCGACAAGGUUACGGUGAAGGUUUCAGAUGGUUGAGUCAAUACGUAAGUUCCUCGUUACCCGUAGUUCGAUAG